UGUGUGUGUGUGUGUGGAUGAUUCAGCAGCUCGUGCAGCAGCAGCAGUCAGACACAGCAGCUCGUCCUCUGCACAUGUGCAAAGACGGAUUUUACGCUAAAAUAAGCGUUUGUGUUUUGUUUUAUUUUAAUAACAUUUACAGCGAACAGUUAACCCGUGCAGGUUGUAUAUCUGAGUCGGAGACCCCGUAGUGUUCGGCGGUGUUCAGUGCUCACAGGCCGGAGAGCAGCAGCGGGACUCUGCUCCGCUCCCUCGUCCGUAUCACGGCUCCGGUUGGACUUUAUCGCCUCUAACGGGACUUGUAUCGCCUGCUGUUUAUUCAUCAGACUCUCUCUGCUUGGAUUUAAUGAAAACAUCUCCUGUGUGACACCCGGCUACCUUAAUUCAAACACUUCAACGACACGAACAUUUCCGCGUUUUGACGUCUGAUGCUCCGUCGACCCGGCAGCUCCUCCUCCUGACUGUCUCCAUGGUGAAGUGGGCGGGGUCUGAUGUCAGCCCCUCCUCUUGACAACCCUCCCACCAUGCCCACCAUGGUUUCUCGGCUGCCCAAAUUCGGCUCGCGACCUAAAUUAGACACAUCUUCUAACGGCGCUCAGAUAGGACCGCCCCCAACUGCGAGCAGCUUCAUCAGCAACCGCCUCACCAACGGGUUCUACCACCACCCUGGCCCAGCGGGGGUCAACGGCAGUUUAACUGCACCCCCUGCUUCUGUAAAGCAGAAUGGAUUCCUCAGGGUGCCCACUUCCUUUUCCAUGAAAUGGAGGAAAGAGAACGAGGAGGAUGGCGAGCGGGAAACGAGGCGAGGAAAAGGCGGGAACAACGGGCAGAAUCCCUCUGUCAAUAACGUUCAUCAGUAUUAUUCCCAAAGGCAGCAAGUGUCGCCUGUUUCGUCUCAAAGUGACGCUAAAAAGCCAACCACGAUAACCCCUGGAAAGGGGCGUGGUCUUGGCCAUCCUGUGACAUCAUCACCCUCAGUCCAGUCUAGAAUCAGGACACUUCCUGUCUCUAAAAAUGGAUCUCUCGGUUCCAAACCGAGCGGAGCAUCAUUGGUGCAGAUAAACGGCAGCAAACAGAGCCUGAACGGUUUAUCUGGAUCUAAAGCACGAGAUGGGAAGCAGAACGGUUCUCUGAGACAACCUCAGAUGUUUACACGUCCUGCUGGUCCCAGGCCAACGUCUGGUCCCGCCUCUCAAUCAGGUUCCCCCCUCGAAAAGAAAACGCCCGCUAACCGCUCUCACUCCAGCGACAGCCUCGGCUCGGCUCAGCCCGUCCAGCUCACAGAGAAGGAUCGUCUCCGAUCACGUAGCCUCACCCAGGUCAGACGGCAGCCCUCCCCCAACCUCACCCCGUCCUCCACCUCCUCCUCCUCCCUCUCCAACAGCUCUGCAAAAUCCCCCGUCACUGACCACACACCUGAGGGCGGAGCCAGUGGUGACGGAGUCAAAGGAAAAAGUUCUGUAGCAAAGACGGGGGUCAGAGUCCCCUCCCUCAUGCCAUCUUCUAACUUAAAAAAGCCCCUCCUACAAUACCACAGCCCCGCCUCCAAGCCCAGUGGUAUUAGCUAUAAGCUAUCACGCCCGUCACUCAUCAAGCAGUCCCGCCCCCUGAGGGUGACCUCAGCCAAUGAGCUGGAACUGAAUCAGAUCCAUACACCUUCAACUGCUGAAAACAGCCCAGAAACUAGCCCAGAGGCUCCGGAGACUGAGGGGCUUUCUGCAGAGCCUGUGUCCCAGGGAGAGGUGUCUAUUCUGGGGGAGACGCUGGAGGACAUGUCCCUGUCGUCCAGCUCGUCUCUGGACAGAAACGACACCAGUCAGGAGUACAUGGACGACUUUGACAACCUCGGAAACGGAGGUGUAGGCAUCCUGCUCAUGUCCACAAAAAAUGAUGAAGAAGACUCAGGUCUUGACCAAUCAUGCGCCAGGUUUGAUGACGACAAGUCGGCUGUUAAUUGUGUCACCAAGGCAACAGGACUGUGCUUCCUGGACGAUGGUGUAGACUGGACGGGGAUGAGUCCGAGUGGUGAGCGCGGGGAACAUCGACUCCCCCAUCGGAGAAGGACCAGUCAGUCUGACUACCAUGAACAGGGCGGUUCUUCUCUGGACCUGUCCCCCUCGGACAGCUGUGGCUCCGGGGGUACCUACAUGUGGGACGAGGAGGGCUUGGAGCCACUGGGGGUCGCCAUCACGAGCGCCUCAAUCAACACCCACAGCAGCACCACCCAUCACAUCGGGAGCUUUGACUCAGACCUCAACAGCAUCGACAUCUUGAAUAACCUGGAGUCUUGUGAUCUGGACGAUGACGACCUCAUGCUGGAUGAUGACCUCCCAGAAGACGCCUCUCUGCACAGCGAUGGAGAAGGGAUUUCCCUCAUGGCUCAGUGGAGGAGGAGGCAGCUCUGCUGGGGAACUCAGGACGUCCACAAUGACAAUGAAAGUGAUUUCCACUGCUACAAGCUGACUGAGGAUCCUGGGAACAAGAGGACGGAUGUGACCGGGGACGGAGAUCUGAUUCUGGACCUCUGUCCUCCGAGGUCUCCUGGUUUUGGUCUCGACGUGGAGGAACUGGCUGAAGACUGUUCAGCUGUUAGGUCGCAGCUGGAGUACCUGCAGAGGUUACUGCUCCAGGAGGAGGACGCAGACGAGGACACUCUGACCACGGACACUCUGAGUCCAGAGAAUGACUCGUCCCACAGCUCAGACACUCAGGUGCAGGCCCUCCUGCAGGAGGUGCAGCAGCUCAGAGAGGAGCUGAGGAGCAGAGAUCGAACCAUCGCACAGCUCACAAUGCAACUGACUGUUCCCGCGGCAACCACCAGGUGCCGUUGCCAGGAGACCUCAGGAAGGAUGGAUCGACACACGCAGACGAGCGCGACGGAGAGAGAGAGCGUGGCCUCGCAGACGCCGUGGAGAGAGCACACGUCACAGAUACUUCACUCCUCCAGCCAGGACGACCAGAAACCACUGACACAUCAGGGCUUAGCUCCAACUCCACCCCAAGCUCCGCCUCCAGCUAACUCCAGCUCCACCCACCCUGACACCCACGCCCCAGAGGGAGGAAAGGACGGCGAGAGAAGAGCGGCGAGAGAAGAGAAGGGCGACACAAAGGAGAGAAAAGGAACCUACAACCGAUCCCUGCAGCACCCCCUGCCCUCUAAACUCCGCCUCUUCCUGUCUCACACUUCCGGCGCUGUCUCCAACUCCUCUGCUGCCUCCACGCCGCCGAAGACGAAGGCGGUCAGGCAGCUUUGUCACGAGUCAGAGAGCAACGGCACCGCUAGAGUGAAAAUGAAAACGACCACCUUAAACUCCGGCUCGUCCCGCCUCCCGAAGCCGAAGAGCCACUGAGACGACGAGCUCUGAAAACGCUCCCAGCACGUUAAAUAAUGGACGCUGUAACGGCGGCUUAACGCCACACGGUUAACGCCACACGGUUAACUUAUUUAUUCUUUGAUUUUCAGCACGGACAAUAAACGUGAAACUAUGGAUACACUCACUGAUAUAUUCUGUAACUUCACUUCAUGUUUAGUUCUGUUGACUUUGGCCUCGUGUCCACCGGGCUUUUUUUCUCCGAGCGCCAGCGUUUUUUUUCAAUUGAUUCCAACGAGUAGAGAGCGUUCGCAGCAGCAGGGCGGCGGUGUGAAGAUAAAGCAGCGCCCAGUGUCCCCGCUCUGAGCGCUCAAGUUGAAAAUCUUCUGUCUGAUCGGGAAAUGAACGAUCUCAAAUAUAAAACAUGCAAUGAAAAGUAACGGAGCAUGUUGUCAACAGACUGUUGUCAUGGAGACAGGACGGACGCGCAGCGCUUUUCUUCUCAGCGCUCAUACGCUUCAUGCGAGCGCUCGGUGGACACGGGGCCUCGGAGGGAGGAAACGUGCAGAUUUUCAUGCUCGGCUUGGAGGUUAAUUUAAAGGAAUAAGGACUCUUCUUCGUUUCCUCGAUGACAGCUGCUGAAAAAACACAGGAAAUAAGACAAAAUAUAACAAAAUAACAGACGAAAAAAACUGACCAGACGGUGAACAAUAAAACGUGUGAUUCAGAGAUUAACCUCAAACUACUUUAACUAAACUCUCAAAGUGUCGGCUCUCUCUUGUUAUUCAAGGUCAAAGGUCAAACCUGAAACACAAACAUGUAAAGAAGCCCAAAGUGGAGGCUCGUCUGAAAACGUUGUGAUGCUGCUCGCUCGCUGAGUCAGGACGCAGAUUAACUCGUCCUCUGCCCGCCUCUCUCUCUCUCUCUCUCUUCGUUUAAGAGAAGAAAACCAGCUGAGACGGUCGAACGAAUCCGCUGACAUUUCCAGACGUACAGAAACACUCCCAUCGUCUUUCAUCAGAGCUUCUCUGUCAGGAGGAGAACCGCGCUCUGCCACGCUGCCUGCUUUUAUACCUGUGACUGUGGAUGCAAUCAAAUAUGCAAAUCAUCACAAACGUCAUCACGCGUGACCUGCAGGACGAGAGGAGGUCAGACUAAGAAUAUAUGCAACAUUAAUCUGAGACCCAGCUCACAUUUCAUUAAACUAUAAAGUUUAGGAGUUUAGAGGAGACAGGACGGACAGCUCAUGUCCUAACCUUCCAGCUACCAGAAGCCCCUUUUAUUUCAAAAUAAAAGAAAACAUCAAGUAAAGUACCCCCAGCUACAGACAGUUCAAACCUUCAAAAUAAAAGAUUAACGGUGACUACUGAAAUUUAGAGAUUCAUCAAAAUGAAAAUUGUACUCGUUUGUCAGCGCUGAAGAAAACUUAUUUAGAUAUUUUUCUAAACCUGCAGAAACGUGGAAACGCCGCCUGCAGCGGCUUGAUUCUGUGAUGUAUUUGAACUCUUUGUGUUUCAGUGAGAGGUCCAUGAACUCUGUAAACGCAUCCGUUCUGUCCACGGUUCCUCCUCCUGCUGCUUCGUCUCAUCGUAUUUAAACACGUAUUUAAAAUAAUUCACCUGAAGUCGACCUUAAAGUAACCACGGUGAUGAACUUGUGCUGCUCGCCGCGUGCUGUGCGGGGAACUUACACUUUAAUUUAUUUGAUGAUAAACUUGAAGGACGGGUUUUAUUAUGUAAAACGCCGUCCUGCCGUUUCCUGUCACCUGCUGCUUUUUGUUGUGCAAUAACUCUGCCGAGCGUUCGACCUCGCGGCGUCGCCGACUCUUAUUUAUGUUUCUGUAUAAACUGCUGUAAUUAUUAUUAUUGAUGUUCAUAUGAACUCUGAACUGUUGCUUGUGAAGCGUCUCAGUGUGAAAGAAAUGCACUUUAAACAAUCGACAACCAACGCUGCAGAGCGCCGCUCAGCCCGGCUGCAGAGCGCCGUUCGGCUCGGCUGCAGAGCUUGGAAACUUGAAAUGUUCACAAACUGAAACAUCACUCGUUGAUUUCUCUGUAAAUUUCUCUUCUCUGUUUUUGAAUCCUUCUGGGUUUAAGCUGCUUCAUCAACGCUGCAUUCAUGUCAUGAGGGGGGGUUUGUGUGGUGCAACGUGAGAGCGUAUGUAACCCACGCCUCCAGGAAGGGCGCCAAGCGAUGAAGCCAGUUCUACAUGGUGGCCGAAGCUGGUACUGCAGCGUCACAUAAUGACAUCACGCCCCCCGGGGCUCGCCAACCAACCACACGACCACCGGCGCCCCAAACAUUUUAUUUUGAAGAGGAAUUAACUCACAGAAAACUACAAUCAUGGCGUCCUGUAGAUCUGAACUCGCCUUAAAAAUGUUCCCAUAUGAAUGCAGCGUUGGCGACUCACGCCCGUUAGCUCUGUUCUCAUUGGUUAAGAAUUCAAACCCUGCUGUGAUUGGUCAGAACUGAUCGUGUGUUUCAGUUCUGCUGUCGCUCUGAACAUAAAUAAUGUGUGACUGAUAUAUUCAACAAUAUCACAUGUAUUUGUUUAGUUUUUUUACCUGUCAUAUCAGCCACUCCCCUCCUGGUUGCUGAUUGGUUGAUAUUUCUUGUCCUCUUCUGUCAUUGGCUGAGACGUCUCUGAUGCUGCUGAGAAGCUGAAAUAAAAAAUAAUCUUCAACAAACUGAA